GUAUUUUUGGUAGAUUUUCAAUUCGAGAUGGGCUUCUUCUCAAGAUAAAGCCCAUUGGGCUUCUGUCCAAGGGUUUAUGGUAUGUAGUGGCACCAAAGAUUCUCUGAUAGUAACUUGUUUAUUAGAUAAUUAAAUUGGCCUUUUUUCGCAGGUAAAAUUUAAAGAAAGAACGCAUCAUGUUAGCAGGAAGACAUUUAGUCAACAGAUACACGCUUACAGCGACAGUAGGCCUCAGUGCAGCACUCUAUCAAGCUGAGAUGUUGCGGAUUUCGCUCUCCGUAGCUGUCUAUGUCGUGGUGCUUUUUAUUGGACUCAUCAUUGGUUUUUCUCUGGUGGCAUCUUCUGGGAGGCAACGAAGACCAUCCUCUGGGCAGAGCCUUCCGUCCUCUUCUCAAGCUCUCAUCCUAAAAAUGAUGGAAAUGCGAACAAGAAAGAAGAAGCGAAAACGAAGGGGCGUGGUGAUAUCCAGAGCCAUGGAUAAAGCCAUCAAAGAAG